AUGAGCGGAAAAAUCCCCAAACUAAUACUAAAGUAUGAAAAAAAGGAAAAAGAAAAAUUGAAAAGGAAUAGUAAAAUAAAUAAUACACAAAACAAAAGUAGCAGCUAUAGCUAUAUAUUUUUUAUUUUUUUGUGUAAUAAAAAUAAAGUUGUUGAAAUAAGAACAAAUAAUUUUGACGCAUUUCAAGGGGAAAUAGUAGAAUUAAAAAUAUAUCCCACUAAUAAUAAAUUGAAGGGAGUGAUUUUAAUAAAUGCAAUACACACAACAAAAAAUUGUACAUAUAAAAAAAUGUACAUUCCUUUAUCAUAUAUUAGCACAUGCAUACCAAUUGCGGAUAAUACAAAUGCAAAGGAACAAAAGGAUAUAUCAAAUGCAAUUUUAAAUAGUUAUAAAUCUUUAUUGGUGAACGAAAUAUAUGAAAAAUUUAAGAAAAUUGGGGGAUAG